CAUAUCCAGAAUUGACCCGGGUAUUGGAGGAAAUAGUACAACUUCAAUUCUUGAAAUAACUUCGCGUAUAUCGAAAAGCACGCGGUUACUAUCCAAACUCUUUCAUUCGGAUUGCAUCCGAAGACCUAUCAAACAUAAAAAAUCCAACCAUCAAAAUCAUGUUCAACCCUAUUUCGGGGCUUGUUCGGCGCGGUGAUUCUGGAAGCAACGAUGGUCUCUCUCCCUACAUGGUCGAUCUCCUGAUUUCCCUGCUGGUUCUCAUUCUGCUCGGUCUCGCCCUGGUCGGUGCUCUUCUUGUCUUGCGCCGCAAGCGCCUGAACCGCGAACAAUCCGAACUUCCUGUACACAACGGGCAAUGCGUGCCCAACCACCGUCGAUUCACCGUCUCUGCUUCGCCGAACGCCAAGACAGAGUCCGUUCUGGUUUAUGAUGAGAAACGCAGUCUCAUUGAGAAUUCGUCGAGUCCCCCGCCCAGUCCGGUUCCCGAAAUUCGCAUCACAUUCCCAGAGGAGGAGGACGAAUCCGGCAAACGCAAGUCGGGUCGAGUUGUGGUUGUGAGGAUUACCGACGCAGGUGGAGUGGGCUUGGAGCCUUGUAACGAGGAACUUCCGCCGUAUCAGUCCAGCGAUGCGGAGCGAUUCCAGUCGUUAGAUAUCGAGCGCAUGGGUGGGCUCAAAGAAAAGGAAGCCACCAACAGAUGGUCUUAGAAGGAUCGAACUGCUGAACGACAAACCGUCAUCUGCUCAUUCUUCCCAUCGACUGAUACCCCCUCGAAUGACCGACGUCGCCUGUUUGUCGCACCUGGACGAGAUUCGAAAAGCAUGACGAUAUCCCGGCGAAGAUUUGCCU